UGUGGCACUCCAACCGUUACGUGACGCUAUAACCGGCAGUACUUCACACUUUCAUGGUUACGUAAGCACUUCACUGUCGAGACGCUCCCAAACAGUUCUAAGCUUCAGCUCCUUUUUUCAUCAACAUGAACUCAACAACCGUAAAAGAGUCUGAGAAGACGUGCGUCUUGUGCUGCCAGGAUAUCGACAUCUUCGCUUUGGGUAAAUGCGACCACCCGGUGUGCUACCGCUGCUCCACCAAGAUGAGGGUACUCUGCGACCAGAAGUACUGCGCCGUUUGCCGCGAGGAGCUUGACAAGGUGGUGUUUGUUAAAAAGCUGAAGACCUUUCAGUCUCUGCCUUAUCAGCAGUUUCCCUUUGAGAAGAGAUACGACAUAUAUUUCGUUGACGAAAUGACCCACUCUCAGUACAGGCGUCUGCUGCUGUCGGAGUGCGUCCGAUGUCCAGAGCCUAAAGUUUUCUCCAGAUUUGAGGAGCUGGAGCAGCACAUGAGGAAGCAGCAUGAGCUUUUCUGUUGCAAGCUCUGCUCCAAACAUCUCAAGAUCUUCUCUUAUGAGCGGAAGUGGUAUAACCGUAAGGAACUGGCGCGGCACAGAGCGCACGGUGAUCCGGACGACACGAGUCACCGAGGGCACCCGCUCUGCAAGUUCUGCGACGAGCGUUACCUCGACAACGAUGAGCUGCUCAAGCACCUGCGCAGGGACCACUACUUCUGCCAUUUCUGCGACGCGGACGGCUCACAGGAAUACUACAGUGAUUACCGGUAUCUAAGCGAGCACUUCAGAGAGAGCCACUAUCUGUGCGAGGAAGGACGUUGCGCCACGGAGCAGUUCACGCACGCGUUCCGCUCUGAGAUCGACUACAAGGCCCACAAGGCUGCGGCGCACAGCAAGAACCGAGCAGAGGCCCGGCAGAACCGCCACAUCGACCUGCAGUUCAACUACGCUCCGAGGCAGCAGAGGAGGAACGACGGCAUGGUUGGAGGUGAGGACUAUGAGGAAACGCGGCAUAAUCGAGGAGGACGGGCAAGACUGCAGAUGGGCCAGAAGAGCUGGAGGUACUCCCGGGAAAGAGAAGAAGAGGACAGGCAGGUCGAAGCAGCUUUAAGAGCAUCGAUGGCGAUGCAGAGGCAGACGGAGCGGGCUGCCAUGCUAAGGCAAACGGAUCGACCGGUGACGCAAAGGCAAACGGAGCGACCGAUGACGCAAAGGCAAACGGAGCGACCGGUGACACAAAGGCAAACGGAGCGACCGGUGACGCAAAGGCAAACAGAUCGGCCUGCGAUGCAAGAGAGGAACACUUCAAAACACUGUAGAGACGAGAGGAUAGAGAGAAUAGAGCCUGAAGAGCCCAGACACCUGACUGGACCGAUCAAACCAAGCAACAAGCCUCCAGUAAAAACAAUGAAGAGCUCUAAUCCGGGAGAUGAAGAUGACUUCCCCGCUUUAGGAGCCUCUGCCGUAGCACCAAUUGCGAAGCCGGGUCCGGCAGCACCUUCUUCUGCAGCGCUGAAGGAAGAGGAGUUCCCGAGUCUUUCCAACGCUGCGGUUUCCUCCCCGAUGACUCCUGCUUAUUCCGGACAGCCGAAAAAGAAUUCCUCCUUCCAAGAGGAGGACUUCCCCGCUUUGGUGCCCAAAGUUCGUCUUCUCAAACCCGCAGCGAGCGCCAACUCGGCGUGGUCCAACAGCACCCCUGUGGCCAAACCGAACCCUCAACUUCCUCCUUCCUCCAGAGCUCCGCCUCCUCUCUCAGCCGCUCCCUCCGGGCCUCAGCUCCUCUCUUCUUCAAACUCGUCAUCCUCCCGCAAGAAGAAGAAAGUCGGGGAAAAAGAAAAGGCGACGCCUCCUUCUCUGUCUGACGACGACGACGGCGGAGGAAUGACGCAGCAGGAGUUCCGCUCGGUGCCCACCAUGCUGGAUAUCUCCUCCCUCCUCACCGUCAAAGGAGCCAACAGCAAGCCCUCCGCCACCCCAUCCUCUGCAAAUCCGCCCCCUAACACGGACCUCCCCUCCUCCAAAGCCGGCAAGAAGAAAAAGCAGAAAAACUCAGCUGUCUCCUCCGUGUCGGUGCCCGCCGUUUCGGGCACGACGGUGCCUGUGAACGCAAGCUCCGUUGAAACGGCUGCGCAGAAGGAAAACGUCCCUGAGAAAACUUGGAGCAAAUCACUGUCCAGCACCGUCACGGCAACUAGCGUGUCGGCCAGCGGUCCCACUGACACGACAUCGGCUGUUUGCAGAGAAUCUCCGAGGGCAAUGACACCGCCUGUUGUGGUUCCGGCGCCGGAGCCAGAGGAGGAAUUCCCUGCUCUCAUGACCAAGAAACCUCCUCCAGGGUUCAAGACCUCCUUCCCAGUGAAAACCACAGCACCAAGCCCAGCCCCUGCGAUGCCCCCACCUCCGCCUGGACUGGGAAGCUCAGCCCCGAAGCCGCCCCCGGGCUUCACAGGAAUCGCCCUCAACAGCAACGUGGUGGAGCCUGCGGUCAGCCUCCCCCCCAAAAUGCCGACUAAUGGCUAUUUGGUGCCGGACGACUUCCAGCAGAGAAACCUGGAGCUCAUCAAGUCUAUUAAAAAGCUUCUCCACCAUGACGAGUCCAGUUUCAACCAGUUCAAAAAUUAUUCGGCUCAGUUUAGACAGAGCGUGAUCUCAGCGGCCCAGUACCACCGCAGCUGCAAGGACCUGCUGGGCGACAACUUCAACAGCAUCUUCAACGAGCUGCUGGUCCUGCUGCCGGACACCGGGAAGCAGCAGGAGCUGCUGACCGCCCACGCUGACUGCAAGGCGCUGGAGAAGCAAUCCGGCGCCAGCGGGGGGAAGAAGAACAAGAACAAGAAGAACGCCUGGCAGAUGCCCGCCACGACGGCCAACACGGCAGCCGAGCUGGACUGCCAGGUGUGCCCCACCUGCCGACAGGUUCUGGCCCCAAAAGACUUCAACUCCCACAAGACCCUGCACAUCACCGAAAGCGAGGAGUUCCCCUCCUUGCAGUCCAUCAGCCGCAUCAUCAGCUAGCCCCACUCCCCCUCGUCCCCCGACUGUUUACGUCUGUUUGCCGUUGCCGGGCGACAUUUCAGCUGCAGCUCCGUGAAGGCGUUGCAGAUGCCAGCGUGCGACAGCAGCAGCCCGUUUGCCGUUUACGCAAACAGAGGGAGCCUCAGGCCCUCCUCUGAUGCAGAUUAUAUUGAUGGGUUGGUCCAAAGGGUUUUCCACUUGGACCCGCUUCCUUCGAGGAUGUCUCCAGCUGGCACUCACUGAGAGCGUCUGUAAUCAGAACUGUGACUAUAAUAAUAAUAAUAAUAAUAAUAAUAAUGGAGGAAGGGGGUUGCGGUCUAAGAGAGAAAUUCAAAUGAUUGACUUUUUUUUUUUUUUUUACGUUGCUUUAUUGCUUUCACUUAAACAGAAAACUGCACUUUGUCUUGGUAACAUGAGUCAAUAUGAGCAUGGCAGCGACCUGCUUGGUUAAACAACUAAGCAAUUCAAUUCCAGUAAUUAGCAUCAUAUUUAUUUAAAUAUAACAGAUUAAUUGCUUAGUUUUUGCUGCUUAAUCCAGAAGGUGGUCAGCCAGCUCAUGGUGCAAGGAUUUUCCUUUUGUCAUGAUGUGACAGAAAAUAAGCUGCUUCUGAUUUUUGGAACAAAUUUCUGUUCAUAUUUAAACUGUUAUGAUUUUUUUUUUUUUUUUUUAACAUUCACACUCAUUCCGUUCGUAUCCCCAUCCGGUAAUCUUGGCAUGUUCGUCGAUCAUCACCGGGGCUGUUGUACUGUACAAGAUUUCAACGAAACAAACUCAUCUUCAAUCAUUUAUUUCUCCUUGAGAAUCACUGGGAAAUGAGACUGAUGUCGCUUAAUUUUAGUCCCAGCUUUAAAUUAUUGCACGUUUUACUAUAAUUUGUCUGACUGAAAGAACAUAACCUCCAUCGAAGCACCUUAACGUGUCGACACAGGUGCCAGCGCUUCUCUUUCUGUUUUGAGAUUUCUGGUUUUGCCUGGAAAUCGUACAUUAGUGCACUGUUUUCCAUCCACUUCCAAUAAAGCUGAUCGCAUUGUA